AUGAGCGAUACCAUCGUGACCUACACGCCUAUCGACGCCAUCAGCACGACCGUGCAGGAUAUGCGCAGCAGCUUCAAGAAGGGCACAAUGCGCGACAUUUCGUUCCGCAAGCAGCAGCUGAAGGCACUGAUGGCCGGCCUGCGUGCGCAUGAGAAGUUGAUUGCCGACGCGAUCACAGCAGAUUUUGGACGGGCGCCGCAGGAGAGCAUAUUCUACGAUAUUCUGCCGGUGCAGUUUGAGAUCGGCCAGGCAUUGCUGAACAUGGAUAAGUGGGCGCAGCCCGACAAGCCUGCGCUGGUGCGCAAGGAGCCGCUAGGCACUGUGGUGAUUAUUGGCCCGUGGAACUAUCCGAUCCGGCUCAUCCUGCUGCCGCUUAUCGGUGCUCUGGCAGCCGGAAACACCGUGGUUCUGAAGCCGUCGGAGCUGGCGCCGAACUCGGCACGCGCCAUCGAGAACCUGGUGACUGACUGCCUGGAUCCGGAAGUGGUGCGUGUGGUGCACGGCGGUGUUGCCGAGACUACGGAGCUGCUGAAGCAGCGGUUCGAGCACUACUUCUACACGGGCAACGGCAUGGUAGGCAAGAUCGUGGCCAAGGCUGCUGCUGAACACCUGGCGGGCGUGACUCUGGAGCUCGGUGGCAAGUCGCCGGUAAUUGUUCACGAGGACGUGUCGGACCUGGGCCCGGCGGCCACGCGCAUCAUGUGGGGCAAGCUGGUAAACGCCGGCCAGACGUGCGUCGGCGUCGACUAUGUGCUGGUGCACCGCUCUGUCAAGGACAGGCUGAUUGAGCUGUUCCUGAACUACAUCGAGAAUGCCUACGGCCGCCUGCCGCAGAAGUCUGCCGACUACCCGCGCAUCAUCAACGACCGCCACUGGCAGCGCAUCAUGGCGCUCGUGAAUAGCACCAAGGGCACGGUGCUGCACACCUGCGAUGACCAGCCGGACCAGAACGACCGCUACAUCCCACCUACCAUCGUCGACAAUGUCUCUUUCGACGACCCGCUGAUGAGCGAUGAGUUGUUUGCCCCCGUCCUGCCCAUCAUCACUUACGAUUCGCUUGACGAGGCCCUCGGCUACGUCAACUCACACGACCAGCCGCUGGCGCUCUACUCGUUCGGCAGCGACAAGUCUAACGAGUACGUGUUCGCUAAUACGCGCUCCGGCGGCGCCCUUGCCAACGACACCGUCUUCCACCUGGCCGCUGGCAACUUCCCGUUCGGCGGCACCGGUCCUUCGGGUGUUGGCAGAUAUAUGGGCAAGUAUUCGUUCGACACCUUCUCGCACCACCGCUCGGUGCUCAAGAAGGCUAUUGCCUUCCCGCCCCCUAGCGUCGACUCGCUCCGGUUCCCGCCCUACCAGGGCGAGGAGAACGCGUGGAAGCCCAAGGGCUUCGGCCUACUGCUGACGAUGGUGCCGCUGUGGAGGCUGAUGGUGUCCGUUGGACCGCUGCUGCGCGGAAUGGCGAAGGGGCGCGACAUGGCUGCCAAGCCUGCUUCCAAGCAGUAG